UCCGGGUAAGAACAAACCCAUACCCAAUACAAAACGGGCCAUCCAUGACCCGAAACUCUCCACCCAAAACCCUCCUUCAACCCUUCGCUCUUUUGGCACUGCCACUGAGCUGAGUUCUUUGCUGAAAAAAUGAGUUCACUCGCUGUUCGAUUCUCAAAGCUUCUCAGACCCUCUAAUUCUACCACACCCACUUCUUCUCUUGUUGUUAGCAUGCAAGGAUGCUCAAAGUCCUGGUAUUCGACUAUGUCAUUUGAUGGUGAUAAUGAUGGUGGAAAGAAGGAUGAACUGGAAGAAGAUUUUGAUGACUUGCUUGGUGACAAGACAGAGUUACAACCCCAAGGUGUGGAUCCUAGAAGGGGUUGGGGCUUCCGCGGCGUGCACAAGGCAAUUAUAUGUGGAAAAGUUGGGCAAGCCCCUGUGCAGAAGAUCUUGAGAAAUGGUCGAAUGGUAACUAUCUUUACGGUUGGUACGGGGGGCAUGUUUGACCAAAGAAUUGUAGGAACAAAAGACUUGCCUAAACCAGCACAGUGGCAUCGAAUUGCUGUGCAUAAUGAACCACUGGGGGCUUAUGCGGUACAACAACUUGUUAAAAACUCUUCAGUUUAUGUUGAGGGGGAUAUUGAGACUAGAGUGUACAAUGAUAGCAUCAAUGGCGAGGUUAAAAACAUCCCAGAGAUAUGUAUUCGUCGUGAUGGGAAGAUUCGCCUUAUAAAGACCGGUGAAAGUCUCAGCAGUAUAUCCUUGGAUGAUCUUCGAGAAGGAUUGCUUUAGUUUAGAGCCAAUAUGCAUGUUCUGGAUACGACAUUCUUGGAAAAGUGAGCAGUUGAAGCCUCUAACUUCUGUAAGAAGCAUUCUGUAACCAGGGUCUCUGACCUGGUUUUUAAGCUGGUCCCUUUUUUUCCUGACUAUUUAAUGAACGCUUUGUUUAAGUUAAUAGAAACCUCAAGAGCUUGAAAGAACAUUGGAUUUCUGGCUGAGAUUACCAGUUUGACCCCCGUUUUACACCUCUAUGUAAUGCUUUGAUUCUCUGUAAAUUAUAUCUUAUACUAUUUCCUUACACAGUUCUGCAUUUUUA